AUGGAUAAGAACGAGGAGACGAAAAUGGAAGGAGGGUUGCUAAAGAAGCCUCUUCUGGAAAAAGCUGCCGCUGGAAGCUACACCGGCGCCGGAGGAACAUCGUCGCCGGCCGUUAUCUUCAGCACGCUCGUCGCUGUUUGUGGCUCCUUCACUUAUGGCGUUGCUUUAUCAUAUUCGUCACCAACCCAAGAUGGAAUUACCAAAGAUUUGGGGCUCUCUGUUGCCGAUUACUCAAUGUUUGGGUCAAUUAUGACGGUUGGCGGGAUGAUUGGGGCUCUAUUUUGUGGGAGGAUGACGGCAGUUCUUGGUUGCAAAUACACGAUGUGGAUGUCACAGGUUUUCUGCACAAUUGGCUGGCUUGCAAUAGCACUUGCCACUAGUUCCUGGUGGCUUGACAUGGGAAGACUUUCAACUGGGAUUGGAGUUGGGUUCCUCACCUACGUGGUCCCUAUCUACGUGGCAGAAGUAACACCCAAAGAUUCCAGAGGAGCAUUUUCAUAUGCCAGUCAGUUGCUGAUAAAUUUCGGGUGUUCUGUUGUUUUCUUGGUGGGAAAUUUUGUUUCCUGGCGCACAUUAGCCCUAAUUGGUCUUGUCCCGGGGAUCCUACAACUUGUGGGGCUAUUUUUCAUUCCUGAGUCUCCAAGAUGGCUGGCAAAAGUUGGAAGAGCUAAAGAGUUUGAAGCUUCAUUGCAAUGGUUGAGAGGCAAGAACGUUGAUAUCUCGGACGAAAAAGAAGAGAUUAAAAGUAACGUGGAUUCUAUGAAAGAGGAUUCAAAUGCCAAAGUCACGGACCUUUUCCAGAAGAAAUACGCAUACUCCCUCAUUGUUGGACUCGGUCUAAUGCUUUUACAGCCACUUGGAGGCAAUUCAGGAAUUUCAUCUUAUGCUAGUGCCAUAGUUGAGAGAGCUGGAUUUCCUACUAGCACCGGUACCAUCAUUAUCUCAACAGUACAGGUACCAUCAGCAGCGGCAGGCCUGUUCUUGAUGGAUUUUGCAGGAAGAAGACCACUGCUCAUGGUUUCUGCUGGUGGAAUGUGUUUCUGCAGCUUUCUUGUGGGAUUAUCAUUUGUAUUGCAGGGCCUUAAUCUUUUGAGGGACUUGACUCCAAUUUUAACCGUCCUUGGUCUUACUGUAUACACAGCAGCUUUCUCAAUUGGGGCGGCAGGCAUUCCAUGGACCAUGAUGUCCGAGAUAUUUCCGAUGAGCGUGAAGGCGGUAGCUGGAACUCUCGUCACAUUAGUAAACUGGUCAUCUUCUUGGCUCGUCACUUACACUUUCAACUUCAUGCUACAAUGGAGCCCUGCAGGGACAUUUUUCAUUUUCGCCAUAGUUUGUGGGGGAAUUGUUGUGUUCACCUGGAAAUUGGUACCAGAGACCAAAGGAAGAACCCUUGAAGAGAUACAUGCAUCAAUGGAAACAGGUUGCUUGCACUAG